AUAUACAACUGAAAAACACUACUUUGGAAAUACUGCAGAAUCGAUGAGAAAGAAAUAAAAAGAACAAUGGCAAUAGUACAAACGAAUCAAAAAGUGACGGAAAAUAUUAAGGAAAUGAUGCAGCAGCUGUAUCAGACGCUACCCGAUGACAGACCUAUUACAAGUAUUCAGAUAGUUGAGGAUGCAGACAAGUGUCCUCCUGGUUUUACUGUUGUAUCAAGAACACAUGAUCAGGAUUCCGAUGCAGAUUUAUGGAGAGAAGCAAAGGUAUUUGGUCGCAAGGUUACUCGUUAUGUGUGUCACUCGAAGACAGAAGGCAUUGCUGAUUAUAUUGUCGAAUCUGUUCUCAUUAUCAACGAGAGAGAAGUCCCACCAGAUGGUUACUCUGUCUUGACAAGAACGGCUGAUACAGAUCAACGAGCUUGGAGAAAGCGGCAGCUGUGCUACAGGCUUGCUAAGCAGACACAAGCAAAAACGGCAGUCACUGAUAUUAUUGUGCUAAGCAGGCUGAAAAAAGCUCCAGAUGGGUUUUCGCUGGCAGGGGAUAUAAAUGGAAUGACCGUUUGUUUUAAAAUGAGGUUCGGGCUUACUCAAGAAAUUAAUAAAGUGCCUACAGCUGAUCUUUUUCUAAGUUUAAAUGCCGGACAUGUCGUGCAAGCAGAUUUGAACUCGCACUCGGCAGGAUACCCAUUACUGCCUCAAAAGCCACUGACAAAUAAUGUACCAUAUCCAGUUGCACCUAAGCCAGCUUCUGGAGAGGAUUCUCCUCAUGAAUAUGAGAGACUGAUAAAUCUAAGGCCUUCCAGACCAGCUCCUAAACCUCCAGGUGGUACUAAUUCGGCAGGUACCAAUUAUGCAACUCUUUCUGCAUACCAAGGUUUGGAAGGUGUGCCUUUUGUACUGAAUCCAGGAUUUAACAACAUUUCAUUUAUACAGUCGAUUCCUAGCAUCAAAGCGAAGACCAGAUAUCAGCUGGAUCAGGAGUUUGAUUAUGACUUCAGAAUUGAGAGGCAAACAUAACUGCAUGAAGAACUUAGUUUUGAAGUGGUACUCCCUGCUGUGCUCUUUGGAUUUCACUUGUGAGAAGAUUGACUGAACUUAUUGUAUAUUGGUAUAGGGCAUUAUAAUUGUGUAUUGUAAUUGCAUUUAAAUAAUCCAAGUAAGAUUGUUGCAUUACUGAUUUUUGGUUUUGAUUAUAAAGAUAACAGCGAAAAAUGUAUUUUUUUCAGAGGUGAUUUAAGAAUAAUGUUCAGUUUAUGUAGCUGAGCUCUACAUGUGCUAUAAAAGUAAUGAUGCCUCAGGUAUAUUUUAGAUUGAAUAGUGAAACAUGUUUUAUAAAAUAUAAUGGAAGUGUUGAAUAUUUAUAGUUGCUUCAUUGGAGUUGUUAAAGAGAGGUAGAAUAAAACAUAAAAACAAUAAUUUUGUAUUUUGACAAAUGGAUGACAAAUUAUGAAACGUAUGGUAUAUCAUGUCAUUUAAUGUCUACCUACUGAGCAUGUGAUUGUAUUGUGGAAUGAAGUAAUAUAUGUGUAUGUCUUCCUAGUACUAUCUAUAAUGGUUUGAUAGUUGUGACUCACGGGAAGCUUGUGGUGGUGUUUUCUGUCUGUUCGUGCCUUAGUAGUGAUUCUUCCAUCAUGUUCUGGGGAGACUGUGAAUCAAGACUUUAUGUGACAUUGUUUGAAUUAAUUUUGAUGUUUAAGUAUGUUUAUUGGUUACUGAAGAUCAUAUGAAUUUUUAGGCAUACAUAAAAUGCUGUUGUAUCAGCUGUUUGUAUGUGCUGUUUUUUCGUCACAUUUAUUUAUGUGGCUGAUGGGUUCUACAGCUUCCCGUGCAGCACAAAUAAUAUUACAGUUUUGAGUUUAUUAUGAUGCUACAACUAUUUUGAAUACAUAUCACAAUGUGGUGCAGAGCAGGAAGAAGUUUCUCUUUUAUAGUAAAUGAUGAUAUUGUAAUGUAUGCUGCUUGUAUCCCAUGUUGUGACCAACAAAUGCCAGAUGUCACCAAAGUAGGAAAACUGAGGCUGCAUUCUUAGUGCCUGAUCACAGUUUAUGCAUGCUGUUGCACAUGAAAGCUUAUUUAAUGACUUUUCAGUUGAACUGUCUUAAUAAGCUGUAUUGUAAUACUAGGCCCAAGGAAAUGGAAAAAAAACAGGAAGUAGAGCAAUCAGCACUUGAAAUGAAAUUGUUACACCAUUUUGUUUAUUUAAUUAAGCUUUUAUUGUGAUAUUUAUUUAGUUAAGUCAGAAACUCUAUGCCAGCUCUUAAUACCCCUGGUAUGCUGUCCCACCAUUUACACUUUGCUCUAAGUGUAUUGUUAUAUUUUAACCCUCCCCCAUUCAUCUGUAAUAAACUUCAUAUGAGGUAUGAUUCGUUUGAAAAGAGAAGACUAACUCUUAAGUGUAAAGUACACUCUCUCUCUCUCUCUCUCUCUCUCUCUCUCUCUCUCUCUCUCUCUCUCUCUCUCUCUCUCUCUCUGUGUGUGUGUGUGUGUGUGUGUGUGUGUGUGUGUGUGUGUGUGUGUGUGUGAGGAAGGAAGGAAGGGUGGGAGUUAUUUAUUUGUAUAUUUGUGCAUGUGGGAAGUGAGGGAUAGGUGCACAGGGCAGUCAUCAUUUGCUCAUUACUUCCACUAACUGUGUAGAGCCAUGUAUUAUGUAUAGGACCUCACUCACUUUUUUAUCUAAGAGUAUGCUGUGUGAUACUCUUGAUACUUCUCAUUAUAUCACUAAUGCCUCUCACAAAUUUGAGAAGCUGCCUAUUGUUUCUCUUACAUGUAUAUCAGCAUUGUUCCACAUUUUAUUUAUUUUUCUUUCACCCCCCCCCCCCCUCUCCCUUGCAGUGUAUUAAAAUUGUUGUAUAUAUUUCUGUACUUGAAAAAUGUUGAAAAAUUUUCAGUUUUUAAUGUAGCAUUAUAGGAUGUAACUGCUUCUAUAACUAUUGUCCAUAGAGGCAAACUCUAAGAAAACGGGAACAGUAAAAACAAUUGAUCUUGGAAGACCUUUUCCAUAAUGUUAUUCUCAAUUUCUCUUUUCUUGCCUUUUUUGUUUGUUUUUGGUCUG